GUCAUUCCACGCCAUACAACCGCACACAUUAUACAUAUUAUGGAUUUGUGGAAAGUAAUGAAUCUUUAUUCAUUGUUGAUUGUUAGUCGCGGUUGCAACCUAAAGUGUUUCCAUUGUCUCAGUUUUGCAGACAAAAAGUAUUGUGUGCAAAAUUCUUUAAAUCACAAGUCGCGUCGUUGAGCACUUCAUAUUACAAAUAGUGCAAUUUCAUUGACCACUAAAAGAGGUUAAUGUGAUGAUGGCACAAACAGCACUUACAUAAACUGGAGUGAAAUGCGAUUAGAAUUUCUGAGAUAUUUUGCACAGUUGCGUUUACUUGUGACCAUAUUUAUUAUUAUCUACGUGAACCUAUAACAUUUCUAUUUUAUUAACUAGUGCUUUAGUGCGUCCCAAUUUUUCGGGGCAUUUUAUAUGCUUCAACAACUCAUAAACCCACAACUUUAACAGGUUGACGUGUCGUAGUUGUGUGUAAAAAAUGGGAUAACCAAGACGGAAUCCAUUAAUCAACCAAGUGUAAGAAACCUCAAAACCAAAGUUGAGUUUUUAAAAGACUAUUUGGUGUGCGGAUAUAUCUGCCAAGAAACCAACUAACAUAAAAAAUGGCAGUUUCUAGUGGAAUUACACGAAGGAGUUUUUGCUAUGAAAAUCUUUUACUUCACAUUAGACAAAAAUAAGACCCACGUUAACAUCCCAAACCAUAAAUGUAAACAAAGUGCAUGCAUUUUCCGGUUCAGUUCUAAAAAUGUUGUAGCAUGUCACUUGUACUUCAACUCGGAAAAGUGUUCUGCUAAAAGCUAUGUAAUGAGAUGCUAACCAGCCGAAAGUCAGCCACCGCAGUCUCAAUUAACUGCGCUUCCUAGCUUGAGGAAUAUGUAUAAGUGCAUACAUUGUUUUGCGUGAGAUUUUUCAAAACCAAAUAAAACAUUGAAUAAGUUAUACGACCAUAUUUUCUAUCGUUUUCUUGACAAUAAAUCUGAUGGGCGUGUGUCUUUGUGAAAUGGGAACGAAUUUAUUGUGCGGCCAUGUUUAAUUGUAAUAAGAAAGUGAUAAAAUAAGUUUAAGAGUCGUAAGACUUUUGUGCUAUUUCGUAAUAAUUGCAUAUUGUGUCCAUUUUUGUACUAGUGUUAAGGAUUACUACAAUUACUACCUCGCACCUAUGUACAUAUGUUCGGAAGGGCAAAUUCAUAAAGGCCGGAUAAAAUUCGACCCUCGUCAUCCCGACAGCCAUCAGAGACUGAUUAGAAAGCGUGUAUGCAGUGAAUUCUCUCAUCAAAGACUAAUUCCGUCUGUCUGAUGAACAGGGAUUUGAAUGUACCAUGUUCCCCAAAGAAAUAAACACAAGCACUCGGAGCCAAUUUCCGUAGAAGGCGAAUCUAUUCUAAACGGAGCUGAUAGGCAGUAAGAUCGUCGUAUCCAGUAAAUUUAAACGGAAGUGAAUAUCAGGAGCAAGAGGAGAAAUGAGCGUGAAAGGCGAACCACCCUUGAUUUCCUUGGUAUUAUUACAACUCGUCCUUUUAUUUGGUGGCAUCCAGUCAUCCUCCAUCCAGCAUACCAAUGAGCUGGGGUCAAGUAGAACAAAUGGAGUUCUACCACCACAGACACCUUGUCCUCAAGCUUGUGACUGUUCAGCACCCUCACCUCCGACAUCAGAAGCACCACAGUCUGCACCACCGGCUCUAUUUUCCAUUGUAACCUGCUCCGGACAGAAUAUCACCUCAAUUCCAGAUGGGAUUCCUGUGUCUACAAGGAAGUUAGAUCUCAGUACAAACAACAUCAGUUGGGUGGAUCAUGAAAAACUUGGACCACUGCAGGACCUUCACGAGCUCUCUUUGUCAUCAAACCUGAUUGAGGAACUUGGUGAAAGUUCCUUCUCGUCUCUCAGCAAUUUGAAAGAGCUCACGUUGUCUCGAAAUCAAUUGACAGCGUUUCCGACGACAGCAAUUCCAAAUAAUUUGGAGCUAUUGAAUCUGGAAUAUAACAAAAUCAGUCAACUGGAACGCCACAUUCUUCCUAAAAACUCCAAACUUCACGCAUUGCUUCUGGGUGGCAAUGUAAUCGAGAAAAUUGAUGAUUCGGCAUUUGAUGGGCUCGAACUGCUGCAGUUGCUGGAACUUGAUGGCAACAGGCUAUUGGAAGUCCCGAGAGCACUACGGAAACUGACUGCUCUUCAGGAACUAAGCCUCGCGAAUAACAGAAUAGCUCUGGUUGACAUUCCCUUUCACCAAAUCAUCCCAGGAGUUAAGUUUCUGCUAAUGCGUGGAAAUCCACUCCACAACAUUCUUCCCGACGCAUUCUCCCAUCUCAAGCACCUCAAAAAGUUGAUUCUCUCGGAUGUGAAAAACUUGACGCAAUUCCCAGACCUUAACGGAACCUCUUCCAUUGAAAUUCUACGAAUUGACCGGUGCUCAGUGUACUCCGUGCCAUCGAAUCUCUGUGAGAUUGCACCCAAACUAAAAAGCCUCGACCUAAAGUCAAACAAAUUGCAAAAUAUACCCUCGUUACAAGACUGUAAAGAACUCAGGAUUUUGGAGUUGAGCGUGAAUGAAAUUGAGAAUCUCAAAGACGGAGCCUUCAAAACCCUGUCAGAGUUGCAUGAUCUACACUUGCACCAUAAUCGAAUAAGCAAACUCACAUCUAGCACAUUUGCUGGACUUGUCAACCUACAAAAUCUUGACCUGGCCCACAACAAUAUCAACUUUAUACAUCCGGACACUUUCUUGGCUACACCAAAACUCGAAGAUUUGAAUUUGGGGAACAACUUUUUCCCGGAUAUGCCGACGAAAGGAUUGGAUCGUGUAGUCGAGUUGAAAACAUUCAAUAACCCAAAUCUCAGGGAAUUUCCAGGACCCGAAUCCUUCCCACGGGCGCGGCGUCUGGUCCUCUCAUAUGCAUACCACUGUUGUCAGUUCGUCGCAGACGUAUCCGCCCCCACGAGUUCCAAGUCCUUCUUUGACCAGUCUCCCAUCGAGGAAUCCGUCCUCUACCCCACAGAGGUGGGAUUCAGAAACGCUCUCUCUGAGCUGAACCUCACCGACUCGUGGCAAGGAAUUGUAAAUCUGUCAAACAAGGCAGAGCUGGCGGCUGAUUUUUGGGAAACAUUUGGCACCCCAUUGGCAACUGAUUCCGCCUGGGAGGAAGGAAGUGGGGAUGGUGCCUUGACAAGAGUUAGACAAUUUCGACCGAAAGAUAUUUCCUGCAUUCCUCUCCCAGGUCCAUUUCUGCCAUGCAAGGACCUCUUCGAUUGGUGGACACUGCGAUGCGGAGUGUGGAUAGUAUUUCUUUUAGCUCUCAUGGGGAAUGGCACUGUCGUAUUUGUUCAAAUUUUUGCACGGACAAAAAUGGAUGUCCCCCGAUUUCUUGUUUGCAAUUUGGCCAUUGCAGACUUCUUUAUGGGGAUUUACCUAGGUUUCCUGGCGGUUAUUGAUGCCGCUACUCUAGGAGAAUUUCGGAAAUUUGCUAUUCCUUGGCAGCUGUCAAUACCUUGUCAAGUGGCUGGAUUUCUUGGUGUUUUGAGUUCCGAGCUUGGAGUUUUCACUUUAACUGUCAUUACUCUGGAGCGACAUUAUGUCAUCACUCAUGCCAUGCAUCUCAACAAGAGGUUGUCUCUGAAACAUGCCAGCUACAUUAUGGUCAUUGGUUGGAUAUUUGCCCUUAUAAUGGCUGUUUUGCCACUUUUUGGCGUUUCAGACUACAGAAAAUUUGCAGUUUGCCUACCGUUUGAAACUGGGGAUGGUGUUAGUUUAGGCUAUGUUGUUUUCCUAAUGUUUGCUAAUGGGAUUGCAUUUACGAUUCUAAUGAGCUGUUACGUGAAAAUGUACUGUUCCAUUCGAGGAUCGGCAGCAUGGAAUUCAAACGAAACCCGUAUCGCAAAGAACAUGGCCCUACUGGUCUUUACCGACCUACUUUGUUGGUUUCCAAUCGCGUUUUUCUCUCUCACGGCUGCAUUUGGAUUGCAAUUAGUGUCGUUGGAAGAAGCGAAAGUAUUCACGGUCUUUAUUCUGCCCCUCAACUCUUGCUGCAACCCAUUCCUCUACGCAAUUCUCACCAAGCAAUUCAAGAAAGAUUGUGUCCUCAUUUGCAAGGCGAUCGAAGAAUCUCGAGUUACUCGAGGGAUUGGACGUUGCAGAAAUAGUUCCAACUUUUCAAACAGACAAACCGCACCAAAUACUGGAAGUUUAACGGAUAAAGUGUCCAAGGAUGGCCAACCAUGUAUUUGCCACUCAGGCUUGCACCCAGGAGGAGAUGAUGUGAACGGAAAUGCAAAGUAUCAUCGAUUCAUUCCUGCUCCAGAACAACUUUCUCGACUUGGCCCCUUUGGACGUUUCUUUUCUCGAUACAUUUUGUGCCAAAACAGUAAUAAAGAUUCUAGUCGACAGCGUGAAGAUCCACGCAUGCAAAAUGUACGGCGGUACCUAUACAACACUGCCACAGCUAAUUAUCCUCCUGAUAGUCAAAAGCAUCAACGACAUCCAUCCGUCUCCAGUGAUAACUUCAGCUCUUCCAGAUCUGAUUCAUGGCGAGUUCAGAACCGUUCUUGCGGCCUUCCGUUACGCCUCCUGGAACCUCGUCGCAGAAAUUCUUGGGCCGUCACGCGGAAACCUUCGCAGGAGUCAAAUCUAUCAAGUAGUCGCAAUGAUUCCUCUGCAACUUCCAACAGUACGGCUACAUGGCGUCUUUCGCGUUCAAGUGUUUCAUCCGAUGCAAACAGUCAUUCUGGAGGAGGAAAGUCCUCGUUUAAGAAAAUUCCUCUGAAUUCUGCAGUCAACACAUCCGUACUUCCUGGAGGAGCAAAUCAGAACAGUUGUGUCACAACGACUGCAACCGUUAACAGGCCUAAAAAUUUGCCCACCACAGCGGCAGGCGCUGCCGCCGUGCUUGCCUCAGGACCUUCAGGGACCUCCACACUAACCAACAACAUUUCCCUACAACAACAGCAGCAACAAGGAUCAUCUGUAAAUCCAUCAGUUAAUAAUGAAAGCGACUUUGGAAUCAACAGGUCACACAUGCAGCCGUCUCAAACUCAAGGUAAUCCCAACAUGCAGAGGAGGUCCAGCAACCCAAAAACGGUCACAAUAGCCGAUCCACUGGUAAAACGCAAGGGACAGAAAAAGAAGAAGAAAGGUAGAAAGAAACGUGUUGUGAGGAGGAAACCAGACGCGGAUGUAAUAAUAAUCGAUGAUGAUGAGGCAAGUGCAAAGAUUGCGACAAAUAGGCCUCGACUCGUGAGACAGUCAGCAUUUUUCUCAGAGGAGGUGAUCAUCGAGCCAGAGGUUUGUCCAGUUCAUGGCCCACUCAAUUAUGGAACAUAUGACGAUGAUGAUGAGGAUGAAGAAGCCGUGUCAGAUAUUGAUGAGGGAGACGGCGACGAGGAUGAUGACGAUGACGAGUCGGACGAAGAGGGAGAAUCAGAAGGUGAAAAUUCUAGUCCAACAGAUCCAAUUCUAAAGCCACAGGGAGGAGGUGGACAAAUAGGAAUUGCUCUUGUGAUAGUUCCUCGUCGAUUGAGUACAAUUUCCUCCAGAGACACACUCUCCAUCCGGAGCAGAGAUGAGAGUGAUCAUUUGCUAAAUGAAUGUGGCUUUUCGGGCGGCGGUGGUGGUGUUAGUCCUGGCAGUAAUUUUAAUCCUUCUACCUCGUCCCCCGGUCCAUCUGGCUACGAGUACAGUCCCAACGGUCCAUCCACUUUAUUACUCCCAGCCGGAUUUGGGCGGAGAAAAAUGUCAGAACAACCAAACGUUCAAUUCUUUGUCGUUCCUGCAUCCUCCGGGCUUCUCAGCUCUGCGAAGUGGCAUAGCAUGUCCAGCGUGGAGUCGGGCAAUCAAUCCAAUAAUCAGCAACCUAUACAAGUUGUCCAGGCUGCUCACUUUGUCAGCUCGCCAUCACAGUCUCGGUCGCAAUCUAGGUCCCAAUCCCCACGAGGGCUCAGAGCUAAUAUGAAGCAUGAUGGACAAAAAAUGACCUCAAUGGUGGAGAAUCAACAAGAGGAGGAAAUAGGUCUUUGUUGUGAUGAUAGAGAAGAGACUCCGCCUGGAAGUCGUGAGGAUACUGGUCCCAGCAAUUCUAAUCUACCUGCUAGAAAUUUUGGAUUUAGGGAUCCAAAUGAGCGAAGGGUGUCUUUCCAGCUUCCUACAGUUACGGUGGCCAUGUUGUCAGGGGACGGGCGUGGAGAAAGCGCUACUGUUAAUAAUAGCGGUGACCCAACUCAAUCUUCAGAAGUUUAACCACAUUCUUGGCAAAAAACAAGGAAGUUUUUAUACGUAAAUGUUUAGGGUCAUGCAUACGUAUGUAUGUAAUUGUGUAGCUUCAUAGCUUGUGAACAAUACGUAGCUCUCUAUGCACGCAACAUAAAUGCCAUGAUUAUGCGUAAUAACCAGUACAAUUUAAUUUAUGGAUAUAAUUUCAUGAUUGUUUUCUUAGCAAGCAACACAUAUUUAGAAUAUACUCUUUUAAAUGUACUCUUUUAAAUUGCGUGGUUAUAAUAUUUUGUGUUCAUGACGUGUGAAGCAAUGAAAUACUAAAAGUAUUAAAUAGUUAAUAGAUAUAUUUUAUAGGAUAUCUCAAUCAUACACGUUACCACUUCUCGUUGGGUUGUACCCACACGGAGCAAAUUUUCCAGGUUUAUUUAUUCUUUUUAUUCUACAAGGAAAGAGAAAAUAUUUCACAAAAAUAUUUUCAGCUUCUGAAAAUGUAAUCGCCAUACAACAAACCAGCCAUCCAGUUAUUGUACCUCGGCUUUAAAAAAUCUAAAAAGUAUACAUAAAAAUCGUUGCCCGAAACUCUGUGAUACUAAGUUAGCAUUUGAUAUGUACCCAAACUAAAUAUUGUAAAAUUAUGUAAACUAUUUAUUUCCGAUGUAGUUUAAUUAGCAUUGUUCAAUGCAAAAAUAUGUCUCAAAGAUAAAUAUCAAAGAUUUAAAAAAUAAAACAAAAGCUCUUUUCGUGCCAUAAAGCAAGCGACCUACUAAAUACUAUGAAGUAGAAAUUAAUGCUAAAUGUAUUUAUUUAUGUUGUAUGUAGAAGAUUACUGAAAAUGGUACCUUGUGGAUAUUUUGUACUUGCAUGUGAUACUCAUUGUCAGUAGUGCUUUAAUACUAACUAGUAGACAAUGUUAGUUUUAUUACAAAUAAUGACGUGAUAACACUUGAUGUAUUGAAAUAAAUGCAAUUUAUGAAAUAAAACUUCAAAAGUUCAUGUUUUUC